AGGGUUCUUUUAUUGAGUUCUCCCCAUUAUUUUCUCUCUUAGCUUGCCUCGUUUCACUUCGUCUCCGCCACGCCGCCGUCGCCGGCCGAUUUCUGCGUUUUUCGACUCUUGACUUGUUAGAUCAAUGGACAACAUCGUGGAUUCGUUGAGCAAUGCAUAUGAGAAGUUUGUUCUUGCCUCGGCUAAUGUUCUUGAAGCCAAGGAGAUAGCGGGCGGGCAGAAAGCCACGGCCACAGAUGCUGCAUUGGAGAAUUUCAAGGAGAAUUGGGAACUUUUCCGCAUAGCUUGUGAUCAAGCCGAGGAGUUUGUGGAGUCAGUGAAGCAAAGAAUAGGAUCAGAAUGCUUGGUGGAUGAGGCAACUGGUUUUAUGGGUUCAUCAGGAAACUCGGGUCAGUCUUCUGCUGCUACAACGAGUCUUCAACCCAUCAGUGCAGUAAGGUUGGAGCAGAUGAGUAAAGCAGUUCGGUGGCUAGUGCUCGAGCUUCAGCAUGGCUCCGGUGGUUCUGGGCAUUCUCAUUCUUCUACAGGGUUUGACACCAAGUUCUCAGAAGAUUCUGCUCAAUAGGUCUAAGUUACAAAUCUAAUGCAAAAAGACAGUACCAGUCUCUGUGAAUUCGGUUGUGCUUAAAGUAUCUGCACAUUGUCUGCAAGAAGUAGACUGAUUUUGAGUUGAGGGCUUUUAGAGCAUGUAGAGGCCAUGUAUCUUUUGGUGUUGCUAAAUGCAAUCUAUAGCUAAUGGAAUAUGUAUGGUCUUUUGUCAA